UUUACAAAAUCUUGAAGGCUGUCACUGCGCAUGUGCGUAUCUGCGUAACAAACAUGGCGUCGUACGGGGCUGUCGUUUGCACGGCUUGGAAAGGUGCAACGCUGGCUCCUUGCGGUCGGUGGUUGGUAACCAGCCACCUUUCACCGACGCUGUGCCGAUGCUUGAGGCUGCAGACCGGAUCUCUUUGUAGCCAGGCGGCGGAGCCACAGAGGAGCCAAAAGGAUAGCAAAGGGACUGUGGAGGCGGACCGAGACAGCGAGGGUCCCGAGUACAUUCCCCUUAAAAAGGCCAAGAAUCCCAUGAUGAAGAUUGGCUAUGCCUGGAUGAUCGGCCUCCCCACCGGUAUAAUCGGCUUCCUGCUGGCCAAGAGGCAAGUGGACAAGAACCGAUUAAAGCAGCUGAAAGUUCGGCAGAGGAUGCGGAGGUCAAACGAAGGGAACUACGAAGGAAGCCGCUACCGCAAUACCGCAGAAAACGUUCGACCCGACCAGUAAAGCCUUUGACAUCUCGAGGAAACUGCAGUUGGAAGACUGAUUCUUAAUAAGCGGCCUCGAUUCUUUACUGGUUAACUCACCUACAAGCCCAUGCAGGGAAGGAACUCUUGAGUAAAAUAAUGAAAAUGUUUCAAAGUUGUUUUA